UUAGCCAUCCCUCGGCGAGCUUUCAUUCGCUCCAGUGCCAUCACAGCCGUUCCAACAUGGCAAUUAAGGGUUGCUGUUCAGUGGUUAAAUAUCUCGUGGUUCUCGUCAACCUGCUGUUUUGGGUCGUCGGGUUCCUGAUCGUCUGCCUGUCCAUCUGGAUGCUGUCCGAUCCGACGUUCUUGAUUUCGAUGACUCAAAAUGAAACCCAUUACACGAUCGGGCUGUACGUUUUCCUAGCCGUCGGUGGGCUGAUGCUAGUGGUCGCCUUUCUCGGUUGCUGCGGUGCGUUUAAGGAAUCUCAGUGGAUGCUAACCUCGUUUUUCUGCUGCCUGUUGAUGGUGCUCGUCGCAGAGCUGGCUGCUGGGGCAUGGGCCUACCAGAACGCCGGUAAGCUGGACAACGUGGUGCGUUCGGCCGUAAAGGAAGCCGUGCAGACACAGUAUGGCGUCAUCCCUACCCGCACGGCAACGUUGGAUGCAAUUCAGAAGCACUACAAAUGUUGCGGCGCGCACGGUCCCAACGACUGGCAAUCAAGCGCGUUCAAUAACGUGGACCGUCCUACGCCAAGCGUCGAGAUCUCCAAUCAACCGGCCAGCUACAAGGUGCCAGAAACGUGCUGCAAGUUGGACAUUACACCGGAAAAGUGUAAAAAGGCGACCCAGUUGGAGUUUUUGGCAUCGAUAAAGAAGGAAUCGAACCUACACGUGGACGGUUGCAUGGAAAAGCUGGUUAAAGCGGUGCAGGAAAACAUCAAGCUGAUCUGCUACGUCGGGGCUGCGAUCGUGGGCAUCGAGCUGCUGACGCUGAUCCUGUCGCUUUUGCUGUGCUGCGCGAUUCGCCGAAACGACAACUAUAAGCACUAGAUGUUGGUUCGCACAACGCAUUGCUUUUUGCUACUUAUACAUUUAUUUGCUAAACGAGUAUUAGAUCUGAUAACAAACACCAUAGAUCUGAUGACCGUGGCCAUGAUCAAAGCUUUUUUUAAUAAUAUUUUUUUCUGUUAACAUUUAUGCAUAAUAAUCGUGACGUUUUAACAAGAAAGCCAGCGCGAAAAGCCGCUGCGCUGAAAGUAAUACGGUAUCCCAAGCCAAAUAUACAUAAAUACUUAUUCAUAUAUGCGUAUAUAUACGUAUAAAUUAGUAUGCAAAAAUACGUAUGCGUAUAAAUACAUAUAUAUAUUUAUAUAUACAAUCGAUGUGCUGGAAAAAAACACAAAUUUCGCUAUUGAAAUACUCUUAUAUAUUUUACAUGAAUCUAGCAUACCAUAGUGCAGGUAUGCUAUACUUAUAUGUAUUUUUUUCUCUCACUGAGUCUGUAGCUAGUUACCGUUGUACUCUAAAAAGAUGCUCUUUUGGGCAAACUCUCAUACAAAUGAUAGAUGGCGGCCACAAAACACAUUCGUCGUACAAAAAGAGCAGGUUGUUCGGUAUCGAAAUAUGGUAAAUGUCUAGAAAAUCAUUGUGUUCUCUAAAGCGUAAGAUAAAUAAACUUUUAUUUUAC